GCCGAGCAAAAAACUGAAGCACCUAAACCUGUAAUGGAGGACAAUCCUGCUGAAAAUUAUGAUGAGGUAUCGUUUUAUACAGCCGGACCAAACGUUGUUGUUGUUUUGAGGCACCCGGUGCGUUUGUAUUUCUGGGGCAAGUUUAAAGCACAGUUGUUGUACGGUAAUGUGUGUAUACUCGGUUGUAUUUUGCAAAAUUCACAACCGUACGAGGUUUAUUCGCCACGGGGUUUAGGCAAGUUGUAUUUUGAGACGUUACCGACGGAAGACGCGUUUAAUCCUAUGGUUUUGUUCCCCAUACUUGCAAAUACUAGUCUGAAUGCUUUCAACACCGAACAGAUAGCCACAUCGAUAUCAGAACACGACGUAGUGCUGUAUUUACAAAGUAACAAUAACACUUUAACAUCGUACUUUAAAUUUUUUAAACGUAAAUCUAAACCGUUCCCCACGUCCAGCAGAGCUUCGGAGAACUCGGAGCACCAUUACAAUGCUUCUUUGCAAACAUUUUUUUACAAAAUGGAUGAAUGUACUCUCGGUGUGAAUAUUGGUGAGAACUGGUACGAUUUAAGCAACCACAUAUUCUCAAACGACGGUAAUGCUAAAAUAUUAGUUUGCGGGGGCAAAAACGUAGGCAAAUCCACCUUCAACAGGUUUUUGUUAAACACACAAGUCCUACAAACGCCUGUGAUAUAUGUGGACUUGGACAUCGGACAACCAGAGUUUGGUUUUCCUGGUACGAUAUCAGCUUCCAUGAUCGAUGAGCCUGUUUUUGGUCCAAGUUACACGCACACCCACACAAGCUUCUUACAUAUGAAAUUCAUACGAGACAUUGAUGUAAUGAAGAACACCGGACUGUACUUGAACAGUGUUAAGGACAUGGUUAACGAUCUCUGGAAAGAAUAUGCUGAUUACCCCUGGAUAAUCAACACUAUGGGUUUUGUCAAAGGCUUCGGUGACAGCAUUAAUAUAUCUUGUAUCAAACUAACAAGACCCACAUCUGUCGUUCAAAUACAUGAUAAGGAUGCCAAAAACAAUUACGAUUGUUACAUGCGUCCAGAGACUGUUCACCAAUACCAAACUCAUAACCUGGGCGUGUACAUUCCUGAUGAGCAAUUAAAUUUCAACCAUAUGCUGAUCAUGUCGGAGGCACAAUCGGGUAAGAGGAAUGCUGAUGGUAAACAGAUGAGGGACUUGAAGGUUAUUAGUUACUUUUCCAAUAUCUUGAGUGAUGACAAGUUUCACUUGACGCAGUAUAAACCUUUAGAAGCCAGUCUUUCUAAACUAAAAAUUUGGUCAAUCGAUACCCUGGCUCCAAACUUGAUAGCGAGCAGUCUGAAUACAAACAUCGUGGCCUUGUGCAAUGUUCGAAAUGAGUUAAAGACAAAAACUGAAUGCGGCUUGAACUUGUUGCCUCAUAAUUUGAAAACAGGAUUGAAUUGUUUAGGAUUUGGUAUUGUGCGAGGUGUCGCCAAGGACAAAAUCUAUCUCCUAACACCCCUGUCUUUAGAAGAAUUAGACAAUAUCAAUUGCAUUGCAAACUGCACACAAGCACUUCCCUUAAACAUGCUAACAAAAGUGGGCCCUGAGAUCAAAGGACAUGCCCCCUUCGUAAAUUUAAAACGCGACCGACCCAUAACAGCAAAUAUACCUAAACGAAACUACUACCUACAAAGAUCAUUCACGAAUCGUAGUGCAAAAGAAACAUGAAUUCAAA